AUGUCUGGACGUCCAUCCGCCGAUCCCUACGCCUGGGGCCAGCAGCAAGCCCCACCACAGCCUCAUCAGAACGGCUCGCUCUCCGGCGAUCCUUCGAUGAUGCAGCAGACGCCGCUUGGCCAACCGAUUCGACAUCUUCAGACGCCAGCUUCGGGAGGCUAUCGCGAGCUCCCGCUCCCUUCGCCCAACUCGUCCACCUACGCUGCCAGCUACAUGCAGGCUAGGCCCUCCGCGUCACCGAAUCCCAGCAUGAACUACGGAAUGCCUGGCCCCAUGUCCGGCCACCACGUCGGCGACCCUGCAGCUGCCGCCGCCGCGGCGUCUUCGGCGUAUGCGCCACAGGCGCAGAUUGGCCAGUACGGCGGCGGCAUGCCAACAGGAUUCCCGCAGUACGGGUCUCCUGGUUUCUAUGGCGCUGCGCAGCUGGCCCAGCAUCCGGACGCCAUGAUGCAGCAACAUCAGCAUCAGCAGCCGCAGCAACCACAGCAUCCCUACUACAGCUCGCAGCAUCCCGGCAGUGCGACCAUCGACCCUGGCGUGCAGACCCACCCGAUGUACGGUGCGGGCCCCGCCCACCUCGACCCCGGCAUCGCCGCUCAUGCCGGCCACUUCGCUCACGGCGACGCAGGGCCGAUGAGCGCCGGCCCCUAUGACGGCCUCCACGGCGUCGGCGUUCGACCCAAGCGCAAGCAGGUGAAGAACGCCUGCGUCAACUGCCAGAAGGCGUGCAAGAAGUGCGACGAGGGCCGGCCGUGCGGCCGCUGCGUCAAGUACGGCUUGACCGACACGUGCCAGGACAGCUCGCGCAAGGAGCGCCGCCGCGGCGUCAAGCGUGGACCCUACAAGAGGCGCGCCACGACGGGGUCGCAACCGGCGCCAACCGCGGCCACGAGCAUGGCCGGAGGCGUCGGCGUCUACGGUCGCGAGAGCCACAUGGCCCCAGGCGGACGCAGCCUGGACGGCGUCAGCAGCGCACCCGACGAGACGCAGCUCUCGAGCCCGGGGUUUGGCGGACAGAUGAUCCCGCCUUCCAGGCCGCCGCUGUCGCUGGGCAUGCAGGGCAGCGUGGCGGGUUCUUGGCAGAGCACUUCUUCGCCCAGCCUGCGGAGCGCCGAUGACGACCGCGACGGCCGCUUCGGACGAGCCAUGGGCGGCGGCGGCGGCGGCGGCGGCGGCGUGGGCAUGCCUCCUGGCUCUGGCGGCUCCUACUACGGCUACGAAGGUCAGGAGGGCGGUCCAUCCCCUUACGAUCGAAGCUCCUCGGCGCCCAUCCCUGGUCCCGGCUCGCUGGUCUUGUCGCCCAUCGGAUCGCUCAGCCGCCUGCAGGCGCCGUCCGGCUUCUCGCAGUCGUCGGGCCAUCAGCAGCUGCCCAGCCUGCUGUCGGGCCCAUCGUCAUCGAGCAACCUCAACGGUCUCUACAAUGCCAGCGCGAGCCGCCCGCUGAUUUCGCCCUCGCUGCACACGGGACCGUCGGGUGGGUUUCUCUACCCUGGCUCCGGAUCCACGCCUUCGGGACACAGCCGACUGCACAGCGACGGGAGUUUUGCCAGCAACCUCAACUCUGCCAGCACAUCCGCCUCGACCAUGAGCCCGCGCACCCCGAUCAAUGGAUCCGGCGCCGAGUACCAGAUGAUGUCGCCUCCAGUCAAUGGCAAGUUCAGCGCAUCGUACGUGCCUCCGCAGCCCACGGUGCCGACAGGCGCGAGCACCUUCCUCAGCCAGGACCCGGCACGACCGUUCCCGCUCAAGAUGCCAAAGGCGCUGCCGCGGAACCGGUCGGGCACGGCCAGCAGUUUUCUCGAGGCGCAGGUGUCGCGCUCGAGGUCCGAAUACGAGAGCAGCCACGCCGACAGCGGUGUCAGCAACGCUCCUAGCCUGGCACCGAUUCGACGCGAAGCCUCGCCGGUUGGCCAGCGCUCGUCGCCGUACAUGGGCGCAUCAGGCCAUCAUCUCGUCCACGGCACGAACGUCAGCUCGACAGACGACCUCACGUCGAGGCGACUCGGCCCCGGUAGCGGCCUGACGCCGCGGAUCGAGCUGUCUUCGUACCCGACGCCCAUGUCCUUGUCCAGCGGCACCGCGGGCGGCAUGGCCAAGCGGGAAGCCGACAUGCCAGGAUCGCUUGGACUCGCAUGA